AUGAACAGCAGAGAUGUUGACAGUCCGGUGCCAAGACAGGCGUACCGGGGACAGAGACAGCACAAGGCGCAACAGGGUGUCAGCAUGAAGAAAAAGCGAACCCCAUCGAAUGCGCCGCCCAAAGAUGCCCCAGGCUCAUCCAGGUCAACCGGGACUGUCCGGCGCAUCAUGGGCAAAGGGAAUGAGAUGAAACUGGAGAAAGGGAAGCGCACAGGAAGGGGCGCACCAUCCGUUACCGAGUGCCAAAAAAAUCAAAGCACACCGAGGGAACGAAUUGAUGCUAGCAAUGCUUCAGAGGAUUUGAGCAAGGAUUCAGGUUGUGUGUCAGGGAAGCUAUCCUACUCGGACAGAAGUUCUGACAUUUCUGACUGCGCUGAGGGAUUUCUGACUGCAUCGGAGGGAAACCAACUUUCUGCGGACACUCGGUCUCCAAGCUGCGAGACUGGACCAAGUGGUGGAGACGGAGAGGCAAAUAGAGACAGGUCGAGUGGGAAUGCUCAAAUCAGUGUACGCGAUAUGAGUACUGGAGGCAACGCAUUCAUACGGAUAGGCCUAUCACAGGACAAUUCUAUCAUGCAUUCUGGUGGGGAUGGAAACCAUUCUCCUAGAUGCGGAGGGUCCCUUCUUGCUUCCCUUCCCUCGCUGAAUGUCAGCGGAGCAUCCCUGGCUUAUUCAGAACUAACCGGAGAGCUCGUGGACGAGACGCACGAGGAUCUUGUCAGAGAAAACGACGAUUUGAGAUCAGAAAAUGAGUAUUUGAAAGUAAGAUGAUUCAUUAAAUUGACAUGUCAUUACGCGUAAAAUUUGGCUUUUUAUUAUUUCACACAUUUCACACAUUGACCAAGCCCUCUUAUAAUAAAGAAAACAAGUUUAAUAUCGACUGAUUUGAAUAGAGAUGAAUACUGAAGGAUUGAAACAACAACGCAGGCACGCACAUGACAUCAGUUGUUGUCAAGGUUAGAGAGACAGACUUUUCUUAGCAGAGCGGAUUAGAUACUUUCUGUAAUUGGCCAUGUCAACCUUAAAUACUGGCAUGCGACUGCAGGAGCAGCUGCAUGCACAAGGACCAUCAAAAGUAAUUACUCACAGUUGGCAAAAUUAUCAUUAUCUGGCUAAUUAAUUGGGGCCUAAAAAAAAUGGGCGAUGAGUUUGAAAUGCCAGAGUCGAUUUCUGGUCCAAUUCCUCCCCUACACAGUGCACACACGCAAACACACACACAUACACAAACGUUUUGUUAUUCUAUCCUUGUGGGGACCUAAAAUUGAUUUCCAUUCAAAAUCCUAUUUUCCCUUAACCCUAACCUUAACCCUGACCCUUCCCUAACCCUAACCUUAACCCUGACCCUUCCCUAACCCUAACUCUAAACCUCUAACCCCUUACCCUUACUUUAACCCUAACCCUAAUCGUAAUCCUAACCCUAAACCUAACCCCUAAGCUUAAAAUAGCCUUUGUCCUCAUGGGGAUGUGGGAAAUGUCCCCACGAGGGAGAAUUUUCCUUAUCUUACUAUUCUUGUGGGGACUUUUAUAGAUUUUAGGUCCCCACAAGGAUAGAACAACCAAAACUCACACACACACGCACAGAAAAAAUAAGUAUUAAACUGGUCCACCUUCAAAACUGACACUUCUUUGUGCCUAAAGUAGCAUAAUAGAGCCUAAAAUUAGCCUGAUGCUGUUGUUGUUGAUGAUGCUGUUGAUGAUGAUGAUUGUUGGUUGUCCUGUGCAGGAUGAGAUGGAGGAGCUGCGCUGUGAGAUGCUGGAGAUGCGGGACCUGUUCCUGGAGGAUGAGGUGUAUCAGCUUCAGGAGCUGCGGCUGCAGCUGGAGCAGGCCAACAAGUUGUGUCGCAUCCUGCAGUACCGCCUCCGCAAGGCAGAGUGCCGCAGCCUCAGGGUGGCCCAGACUGGCCAGGUGGACGGGGAACUGGUCCGCUCCCUGGAGCAUGACGUCAAGGUGAGGCGUCUGUGUGUUUGUGUGUGUUUACAGUGAGGGGAAAAAAGUAUUUGAUCCCCUGCUGAUUUUGUACGUUUGCCCACUGACAAAGACAUGAUCAGUCUAUAAUUUUAAUGGUAGGUUUAUUUGAACAGUGAGAGACAGAAUAACAACAACAAAAAACAGAAAAACGCAUGUUAAAAAUGUUAUAAAUUGAUUUGCAUUUUGAUGAGGGAAAUAAGUAUUUGACCCCUCUGCAAAACAUGACUUAGUACUUGGUGGCAAAACCCUUGUUGGCAAUCACAGAUGUCAGACGUUUCUUGUAGUUGGCCACCAGGUUUGCACACAUCUCAGGAGGGAUUUUGUUCCACUCCUCUUUGCAGAUCUUCUCCAAGUCAUUAAGGUUUCGAGGCUGACGUUUGGCAACUCGAACCUUCAGCUCCCUCCACAGAUUUUCUAUGGGAUUAAGGUCUCAGACGGCCCUGUAUAUGUGCUUUCUUGAGCAGGGGGACCUUGCGGGCGCUGCAGGAUUUCAGUCCUUCACGGCGUAGUGUGUUACCAAUUGUUUUCUUGGUGACUAUGGUCCCAGCUGCCUUGAGAUCAUUGACAAGAUCCUCCCGUGUAGUUCUGGGCUGAUUCCUCACCGUUCUCAUGAUCAUUGCAACUCCACGAGGUGAGAUCUUGCAUGGAACCCCAGGCAGAGAGAGAUUAACAGUUAUUUUGUGUUUCUUCCAUUUGCGAAUAAUCACACCAACUGUUGUCACCUUCUCACCAACCUGCUUGGCGAUGGUCUUGUAGCCCAUUCCAGCCUUGUGAAGGUCUACAAUCUUGUCCCUGACAUCCUUGGAGAGCUCUUUGGUCUUGGCCAUGGUGGAGAGUUUGGAAUCUGAUUGAUUGAUUGCUUCUGUGGACAGGUGUCUUUUAUACAGGUAACAAGCUGAGAUUAGGAGCACUCCCUUUAAGAGUGUGCUCCUAAUCUCAGCUAGUUACCUGUAUAAAAGACACCUGGGAGCCAGAAAUCUUUCUGAUUGAGAGGGGGUCAAAUACUUAUUUCCCUCAUUAAAAUGGAAAUCAAUUUAUAACAUUUUUGACAUGCGUUUUUCUGGAUUUCUUUGUUGUUAUUCUGUCUCUCACUGUUCAAUAAACCUACCAUUAAAAUUAUACACUGAUAAUUUCUUUGUCAGUGGGCAAACGUACAAAAUCAGCAGGGGAUCAAAUACUUUUUUCCCUCACUGUAUGUGUGUGGAGUGCUCACUCAAAGCAACUUUUCAUUUUCAGGCAUCUUUCUCCUGUAGGGAUUGUACAGUAAUCCCUCCUUCUCUUGAUCUGUUGCAUAAUGUUAUCAACAGGGUCGAGUGAAUCAUUAUGAUUCCAGUCAAUGUACCAAAUCCCGUAAAAAUACCUUUGAAUGGCUGUACAUUCCACUCUACUGUUUAACGAGUUCAGGAUGUUUACGAUCAACUGCACUGCUCACAUCCUAUGACUCAGUUUAUAAGUGCACAUUAAACUGUAAUUACUUAUAUGGCUCAGCUUACUGUUACAUCCUGUCAGAUGUGCUUCAAGAAAUUUGAAGUAUGUCUGUUUCAUGUAUCCAUGAGUGUGUGUGCUUUUGUUUGGGUUUUGUUGUGGUGGAGUUGCAUUUUUGUGGUUGCCACUUGCCGUGCGCUGCCCAAUUAAAGACAUUAAAGAGACAUUAUGACAAAUACAAUUAUUCCGACCGAUCAGCCUCAAGGGGUGAGUGGGUAGAUCACUGUGGAAAAUGUACUGGCAUGUGGGCUGAUUCCUCUGUUGGAGGUUGCAAUGCUCAGUUUCUUUGCUCAGCUGUGUGUGAUGAUAGAAUGCCCACCAGUAGCAUAGCAGAGAAUUUGAUACUCUUGGCUUCACCCUUCCCCCUUUCCCCUCUUCACAUUCUAACGCAGAGAUGUUCUGUCUUUUUUAUUACUGCCAAAAUAUGUUAAAAUACAGUCUCUGCUGUGUUAGAUACAGUAUAGUUUCUCUUGGAGAGUAAAUAGCACAAUAUAAUCUUCUGCUGAACACCACCUUACAAUCACAUGCACAAUCUGACCUGCCUUAGGUUGCUCCUCGAGGGAUGUUUCAUUCACUUUAUUACAUCAAUGCAUAAAACACAGGGCUGUUGUUUUGAAGGCUGAUAUCUGGAAAAGUAUCUUGUAAUUUUCUAUGACAAAGGCACAAAAUGAAUGUCAUCAAUAACGACCUCUAAUUCCCUCCAACAAAGACAGUUGUCUGUUAGUGUUUUAUAGCAUCUAAAGUUUGUUGUGGUGGACUACUUUUCACAGGUAGCAAAGAGUGUAUCCCUCCGCCUGCACAAUGAGUUGGAGUCGGUGCAACAGAAGAACUCCCGGCUGGAAUGGGAGAAUGAGGCGCUUCGGGAGAGGCAACAGGAGCUCGAGGUGGCAAAGCAAGUUCUACAGGCUGAAAUGAAGAAAGCCAGAGAGGUACUGCUUUUACACACCACCAUCAACUACUACUAUCCACCACCAACUGUAUUAGUUUAAUCCACUGCCCUCAGUGUAAUCCUUUUAGCCAUUAGCCCUCCACUAACCCACAAUACUCUGGUCCAGCCCACAUGAAGAAUUACUACAAUUUACUAUAGUAAAUUAAACAGUAGUAUACUGUAAAAUACAACAUUACACACUGUAGUAUCCCUCGAUCGUGUAGUGCUUACUAUAGAAUUGUGUAGUAUACUGUAGAAUACUAUAGUAAAAACUACAGUAGUAUCCACAAAAAAACACUGAAGUAAAUAAUACAGUAAUGUCUGCAAAAACACUACAGUAAAUACUGCAGUAUACUACAGUCAGUAAAAACACUACAGUAAAUACUACAGUAUACUACAGUCCGCAAAAACACUACAGUAAAUACUACAGUAUACUACAAUAUGCUAAAACAUGCAUUCAUUACUAUAGUGUGUGCUACAGUUUUCUUUUACUACAGUAUUUAUACUAUAGUUACCUGUAAAUGCUACAGUAUACUACAUUAUUCACUACAGUGAAUACUACAGUAAAGUCCGCAAAAACACUACAGUGAAUACUAUAAUAUUUAAACCAUAGCAUACUACAGAAUUUUUUCAUGUGGAAGAGUCCUAUUCUUUCAUAUAGUGCUCUAUACGCUUCAGUUAGCCCAUCUCAACCAGUUACUCCCCAUGCAUCCUGCUGUCACUCUUAAGUGAGGUGACACAUGAUCCUGACUGGAUCCUAGGACUUUGCUGGGCCUAAGGCUCAGGGCAUGGCUAGCAGCUGACGGUGGGCAGUGAGUGAGGUAGAGUGGUACGGCAUGUAGGAGGCUGACAUUCUUCUCGCCAGGGACUACAGAGAGAGAGAGAAAGAGGGACCAAAAUAGGUACAUCGUUUUCUCUCUCUCUCCCCUCUCUCUCCUCUGGUUCUAUUAAGCAUGGGUAAAUCUGAGUCAGGAGGAUGUAUUACGGCAUCAAAAAGGCUGUGUCUUAGGUACUGGCAUACUGCCAUACUAUCACUGAAUUCCAUGUCAUCAACUGGUGGCCAUGGAGUCACCCAUGCAGGUCUUUCUUAAUGACAGUGCAGUGCAGUCCAGCUACACGUGUUUUAGUUUAAUCCAGGAUUCGGUGCUUUGUCGUCAGCCCAGCCUAGUCUGCUCAUCUGAGACAGCUGCUACUCCCUUUGAUCCUGACUAGGAAAUCCACUUAGAUGACCUAAUCUGGGCAGACUAUUACCAGGGAACCUAGUCAACAUCAGUGUAAAGGAAGAUGAACAUUUUAACGACCACCACCGUUAUUGCAACUUGCCUGUCUUGGUUGCUGCCUUGCUUUGAGACUGAGACCUUAAGGGUGGUGAUAGUAAUAUUAUAUUGGUUGUCACAGUGCCUUUUAUUGUUGUUUUUUUAACACCAGAAUCAUCCACUGUUCACUGCCUCUGGGUCUAUUUAUUACAGACCUAGUUUUGAUGGGGCUAUUCCCACUGCAACGGCUCAGUAAAAUAUAAGAAUAUAGUAAGAAUAUUUUUUAGUACUUUUAACCCCAGUGAUCCCUGCUUGAGACAUGAGAAAGCGCCAGACAGAGACUGACACGGUGACACCAGCCUACAUUCCUCUCAUACUCUGCAGUGCAAACAUACACAACUCAUACAGGAAGUUGAUGUUGGGACUUUAUAAGACAUAGAACAACUGUGUGUUUGUAAUGGAACAAAUGUAUUUGUGUACACAUGUACUUUGACUCUCUUAGUUUGUUUUGCUUGGACAGUAAAUGCUGUGUGAAAACAUUGAUAUCCUGUAUGAAUCUCUACGAAUAUUCUGAGAUACAGACAGGAGUGACAGACAGGAAGGAGACAGGAGAGGAAAGCUGAAAGAAAGAUGGUUUAUUAGGAUGACAUCUAUAUCCUCUCCUCCUCUGUCAUGUUUUCAUAGGGUGGCAACUAUCACGUUAAUGAUACUGUUGAAUCAUCAGAAUUCUUUGACAUUUGUUUUACUUUACUUCUCAGAGUUCUCUGAAGAGGAAAAAUGUCAGAUCACCAACCAGCAAGACUGAGAAGAAGCUGUCCCCCCAGGUAAAGAUCUAAUAUUAUAUUUUCAUAUGAGUGACUUCAUUAGAGUACAUUUUAAGUCCUUUUUAAUCACAUUGUUGUGCCAUUUGACUCCUCAGGAUGACAGUGCUGAUAUCAAGUGCCAGCUCCACUUCGCCAAGGAGGAAUCAGCUCUCAUGUGCAAGAAGCUGACCAAGAUGGUGUCGGAAAGUGAGAGCAUGCGUGAAGAGCUGGCAAAGUACCGCUCGGCAUAUGGAGACGUAGAUGCUGCUGCCCACUCCUCUGAGGGUGGUACUGCCAAGUCCCCCCACACCAGGGAGGCAGAGGUCAAGGUUCACCUGCGGCUGGUGGAGGAGGAAGCGACGCUGCUGAGCCGUCGUAUUGUAGAGCUGGAGGUGGAGAACCGUGGCCUCCGGGCGGAGAUGAGCGACAUGAGGGAGAGCGGAAGAGGAGGAGGAGGAGAGGAGGAAGAGGAGCAACCACAGAAGGGGGCCAGGGAACAUGGGGAUCUACCACCACUUUAUGUGAGGGAUGUAGAGGAUGGUGAACAGAGCUUGAGGAUGGAGUAUAUGCAGUUUGAGCAGGAGAAGAGGGAAGAGCAGAGAAGGAGUGUGAUUGAGUGUUCACUGGAGGAGGUGAUGGAAAUACAGCGUAGAGACCAACCUCAGACAGAGAGGCUGAGUCCCCUCAGUCAGAUCCCUCGAGAGGGGUCUGUAGGUGGGGAAUGGGAGCCGCUGGACAACCAGCAGAGUUAUACACGCAGAGGCAGUGUUGCCCAUGCCUUGAAUGUGAAAGACCAUGAGGCCCUCCUUGCCUUGCGAGAUCAUGCCUGCCUUGUGACCUCAGCUAUCCAGCUUUUUGCCUCACUGGCCAAGAAUGGCCACCCCUCCCCUCCCUUAUCUCCCCACAUCCCCCGGGCAAAGUCUUACCCUCAGGGUAAAGCCCAGCCUCUGGCUCUGGACCCACUCAUGCAAGGCCACCUGUAUGAGGCUCUGGAGCUUCUGCAGGCCAUGCUGUUGGCCUUAAUGGGGAGGGUGGAGACAUUGGUGACACAAGGAGGAGAGUUGAGGGUUGAAGGAAAUUGGGAUCCCACCGACAUCCCAUCCCUGGCUGAUCAGGACACACAGAACAACACAGAGGUCUCAGCCAAGAAGGAAACGGAUGAAGGCCUGCGCACAGUAGUGGUGAAGGAGAGCGUAAAACGAGCAACACAGUCAGACCACCUCGACAGCUGUAGGGACCCCAUGAUGCAGCUCACCUUGAAGGUGCUCUGGGUCCUCCACCAGCGCGGUGUGAGGAAGAGAUCUGGCCUGGAGGGCAAGGAGGUAUGAGGGAAAGGGAAUGUAGGGGAACAUGAAUUGCAACAUACUGUAACAGAAAUGUUCAUAAAUCACUUUCUUUCAGUAGGUAACCAUGAAAGACAAGAUUGAAAGUAUGUUGUCCUUUUUUUUUUUUUUUUUAAGAGCAGAGAUCUUACGACUAUGUCUAUGCUACACGUGCUGCUGCAGUAUUUGGGCACAGAGCUGCAGGACUCAGAGGACAGCAUGGCAGGACAGGAUGCCAAGGCCACAUGGGCAUCAGACUGGAACGGCUUAAUUUCCAGGGUGAGCUAAUGCCCCUGUCCCGCUGUGGGCUCAGCCUAUGAAGUCACUGUCCAAUUACAUAAGUUGAUACUUAAGAGCAUCAUCCCUUACAAUGAGAGAUACAUCACUGUUAUGUUCUAUGGCAAGUGGAUCAGACAUAUAUCCUGAUUCUGAGAAAUCAUCACAAACUGUAAUACCUCACUCUUUAUUUUAAUAACUCAGAUGGAGUGCAGCACUGGUAAGACUGAGGCGCAGGGGUAUCCAGACCAGCCAGGCCACCCUAGAGGCACACAGAGUGAGAUAACUGAGGUAGGAAGUAUUUUAUUUUCUCUCUUUCCCCUCUUUUCUGUUUCCUCCAGCCACCAGGCGCCCAUGUUUAUCUGUCCUGUGUUGUGAUGUGUUUGGAGCAUGUGAUUGGAUGUGUUUCAGCAGUAAGCCCAGCUGAUGUAUUCUAUUUGGCAGGGCUUCCUCCUAGCCUGCCUGCACACAGUACAGACAUCAUGAGAUCAACCGUUCCACAGUAUUUAGGCUAAACUCUUGUUGGGGCUACUGCCAAAAGCAGGACUAGCAUGUGCGUCCACUGCAUUACAACACUCAGACAGACCCAGAGAGGGAAUAUGUGAGAGGGAGAAAGUGAGCAAUGAAGAGAAAAAGAGAAAAAGAAAGAGCCAGAGAGAGAGAAAGGGGAGAGAGAGAGGGAGAGAAAGUUGGAAGAAAGUGUUGGUUUGUGUGGGUAGAAAAGAAAACACACUGAACUCAUGACUCACUGGCUUGUGGUCUAUGUGUCAUUGUCCAAAAACAAUGAGUAGGCUACAUUUCAAGUGUAAAACAUUAACUUUGUUUAUAGUCCAUCUACAUCUAUUCAUCACAUCCUGUUGUUUCAAAACAGGGAAGUGGUUUUCCUCCACAUGUUGAACGAUAACUUAAAACAGGUUUGUGGUUGCCAUGAUUACAUUUUAAUGUAUAGAAUAUUAUUUUCCAGGCAAACACAAUAGCAAUUUAAAUCAAAAAUACCAAUUGCAAAUAUUUCAGCUGUUGCCAGGAGACAGACAGAAAUACGAGACGACUAGCUAGCUACUAGCCCGUGGUGUUGCUAGGCCCAGUGUGCCUUUGAAUUGGGAAGAGCAGAUUUAUUUCUUUACAUGGCUGUUUUCCCUGGGUUUCUGUGCUCUUUCCACCAUAAUAUGAAAAUACUUAUUUCCCCACAGACAAGAAAUAAGACCAGACCAGACCGCUCUACAUUAUGGUCCAAGAAGAAGAACUGGUGUUACCUCAGCCAAGAGGCUGCCCAGCUGGACCGAGAGGACCCCUUUAAGACCUGGGACCACCCCAUCAUGCCCCCUAGCUUCCCUAAUCUGGACUUGGACCAGUUGUCCCUGGACAGUAGCCGCACUGCCCCAGAGAAGACUGUCCUCCGCAUCUACUACAGUCCCCCGUCUGCACGGAGAAUCCAUCUGGCUCAUCUGAGGCACAUUACCAACACUGAUAGAAAUUCUACUACCAGUGUAAUCUCUGCCAGGCUUAGUACGUCCCAAAGCUCUCUCACUCCCUUAUGUCUGAGGCUCUCCGCUAACUUGAGCGACGACAUGAAGGAGAUGACAGCUAGCUUACGACAGGCAGUUCACUCCAGUUCGCCGGAGAGGAGGAAGGGGAGGAUGAUCGUGAGUGGGGGGUGGACGGUGGACGUGGCCACCUCAGGGACUCAGACCCAGAUGCACCCACAGAUGGUGAGUGUGGGUCUACAGACGGAUGGGCCCUACAGUGUAAGUGCAGUGAGAGGCAACCCUUUACACCUCUCUGCCCGCACUCAACAGAUCUCUUCUUCCCUUGAGAGGCUCCCAGGGAGGACCGAGAGGCCCAAGUCAGGCUCCACCUCCCCAAAAAUGUACCGCAGACACUCUGCCUCUGCUUCAUCUUCAUCUUCCAUCUCCCCAACUGGUUUCACCACCUCCAACUCCUCCACUGCCUCCUCUGCCACCCCUGGCAGGGAGGGUGUUUUGUGGAGCCUGUCCCAUCGGGGUCCUGCUGGGCCGACCUGGGCCCGCCCCAUCAAUCCCAGAGCUGGUCCAAGGCUUAUUCACCAUAGCACAAUAAACAGUGAAUUGAGCAGAGGGAACAACACUAAACCCACCAGAAAACCUGGUGGUGCCGACCGGUACGGCCUAGUCACAGAGUUCCUGCGCAAAAUUAGUGGUCGAGCAGACAAGCCAGCACCAGCGACAGCACCAGGCGGGGGGCAGAAGGGGAAAAGCAGUCCAACUAAAAAAAAAACAGAGCGAGUGCCCUCUCGCCCCCCUGCUGCACCAGUAUACAGGAAUGACAGUGUUACCAGGAUUGUGAACCAGAGGUUCAUGAAGCAGAGAGAGGAAGCGUGCAGGGGCCAGAAGGAGGAUAACUGCCCCAGUCAGGCCAACAGUCAGAACCAGGCUCUCAGAAGAGACCUAAGCCUGGAAAGUAACGUGACACUGGAGGUGAGUACUGUAGGCCUACCCAACACAGGAUCCACACACUGAACACAUACUGCACCUCACUUAUAUUCAACUUACUGGCUAGUGGCUCAUGUCUGUCCACACAUACUAGUUAGCUUGCUUGGUUUUGAGAAAGGGUCCCCAAACUAAACACAUACUGUACUCACUGUACUGAGCCUCACACUCAUAUUCAACUUACUGGCUAAUGUAUGUUAUUCCUCUGUCCCCCCCCCCCCCCCCCCCCCCCCCCCCCCUCCCUAUCUCCCUCCAUCUCUCUCUCAGGAUGGGAACUAUGACUGUAGCAGUUCCAAGUCCUUGUCCUUCUGCUUCGCCCGAUCAUCUCGCUCCUCCACCCAACGAAACGCCUUGACCCCGACCAAGCUACAGCGACACAGAUACUCCUCCGCUGUAAACGGU